GUGGGAUUCCAGACUCCGCCCCUCCUUGGACAGUUUUCUGACUUGAUCCUUUCAAGUUGGCAAUGUCCCGCCAGCCACUCGGCCAGUCCACGGCCCCGGCAUCGCAGCCAGCCAGCCACUCUGCGCCUCUCUGCCGCACCCGGCAUGCGGCCCAAUCGGAAGUGCGGCAACUCCACCACACUCCGCCCCCCCCCUCGGCCAGGCACAGCCGCCAACCCUUUCAACCCCGGGCCAGGAGCGACUGCCAUUGGACCCUGAUUCACCCCGCGGCAGGCAGAGAGAAGAAGCUGCACUCACCACGACGACGACGUGGUAGUGCAUUUGAUAUUCAUCUCGCUCUCUCUCUCUCGCACAGCAGACUGCACUGCAGCACUCCUCCACUGCAGCACAGCUCAAGGGAAGCUUUCGCCUACCUUUCUUUACCCCACACACACACACAGCUUCCCCAGUCCAGUCCAGCCUACGCACUGAGGUGACCUUUUAUUUCAGCCGAGCCGAGCCCUUACAAACAAACUUCUCGCUCCGACCAAGCUUGGCAACCCGCCUUCUCGGCAGCUGCUUUCAUCAGCUCUUCUCACUCCCCUGACUUUUCGCCUACAUCUUGAGAGCAGUGCCAUUGACAAAUACACGGCUUUACACAUACAGACACACAAUGGAUCAACGCGUUAGAGUGAAU